AGGGGUUACAGGCUAGAAGUGUAUAGAUUGCCGGUAGUGGGUAGGAUAGAUUGUGAUAGCGACAGAUGUCUUGCAAACCUAUAGCAGCACAAAAACUGUCUUAGUAGAUUGUACCUCAGGGAGCGAGGAGGACUUUGGUGCAGCUGUCAGUCGCGAGAUUACUUCUAUUAUCAGUCCGUGCUCAACCCUGCAAGGGAGUACAUCAGUUCCUCGACUCUCCCUACCGUUUGGGUGUAAGGCAGUAAUCCAGGAGGCACCAUGGGAGGAAAGCUGAGCAAGAAGAAGAAGGGGUAUGAUGUCAGCGACCCAAAGGACAAGAAGGAGGAGGAGAUUACUGUGGCUGCUGUGAGUGCCAUUGAUGUCGUCGCCAAUGCCGUGGAAAGCAAAGUGCCGGCCCCAGUUGCUGAGUUGGCAGCGAAAGCUGCUCCUACCGUGUCUGCUGCAUUUGAGGAAGGCGUGGAGUCGACAGCGGCAGCCAAAACAGAAGUGACAAAAGAGGACCUGUCAGCUGUAGAACCAGUGGCCAAGGGAGCCACUGCAGAGCCACCAGCGGUAUCAAACGAACCUGUGGGAGCAACAGCAGAAGAACCAGUGGCUCCAGAAAAAACAGCUGCUCCAGAAGAACCUGCAGCAGCACAGGAGGAGCAAGCACCUUCGGCAGCACAGGAGGCGCAAGCACCUGCGGCAGCACAGGAGGAGCAAGCACCUGCUGCAGCACAAGAGGAGCAAGCACCUGCUGCAGCAAAGGAGGAGCAAGCACCAGCUGCAGCACAGGAGGAGCAAGCACCAGCUGCAGCACAGGAGGAGCAAGCACCUGUGUCAGUACAAGAGGAGCAAGUACCUGCGACAACUCAGGAGGAGCAAGCACCUGCGACAGCACAGGAGGAGCCAGCACCUGCUGCAGCACAGGAGGAGCCAGCACCUGCUGGAACACAGGAGGAGCAAGCACCUGCUGCAGCACAGGAGGAGCAAGCACCUGCUGCAGCCCAGGAGGAGCAAGCACCUGCGGCAACACAGGAGGAGAAAGCACCUGCGGCAGCACAGGAGGAGAAAGCACCUGCUGCAGCACAGGAGGAGCAAGCACCUGCUGCAGCACAGGAGGAGCAAGCACCUGCUGCUGUACAGGAGGAGCAAGCACCUGCUGCAGCACAGGAGGAGCAAAAGCCAGCGACAGCACAGGAGGAGCAAAAGCCAGCGACAGCACAGGAGGAGCAAAAGCCAGAGGCAGCACAGGAGGAGCAAAAGCCAGAGGCAGCACAGGAAGAGCCAGAGCCACCCGCUGCACCAGAAAAGCCUGUAACCCCAGAAGAGCCAGUGAUGGCUGUGGCACCAGCCUUGGUUGCUGAGUUACCAGUAAAAGCUACUCCUGUGGUGUGUGUUGCACUGGAGGCCGUGGUGGGAUCGGCAGCAGCCACCACAGAAGCAACAGAAGAAGCCCAGUCAGUUCCAGAGGCAGUCGUCAAAGGAGCUACCGUAAAGCCAGAAAAGCCUACAGCAGUAGCAGACAAAGCAGUUGCAUCCCCAAUAGAGCCUGAACUACCAGAGGAGACAGUGGCAACAAAGGAAGAAUCUGGGGUAGCAGAUGAGAAACCAGACACACCAAAAGAACCUGUGGCACUGGAAGAACCAGUUCCAGCAACAGACGAACCAGCAGCUGCGACCGGUGAACCAGCAGCUGAACCUGCUGAAGAACUAGUAGUCUCCAUGACAGCCUCUUUGGAGCUAGCAGCAACAUCAGAAGAGCCAACACCAGAGGUGGAACCUGAGGCUGUUCCUGAAGCAGAAGAACAAGUUACAAAUGAGGCAGCAGAGAUUAUAGACGCUAAACAACUUGAGUCUGCGGCCCCAGAGGUUGAACCAGAGACUGUUACAGUAGAGGUCCCAGUGCCUGAGGCUGUGGCAGAGCCACCAGUAGAGGCAGAGGCAGCUCCACUCACCUCAGGGAAGGAGACUGCACCUGCACCAGAAUCUGUCUCCGAACCAGCCUCUGACGAGCUCCCUGCACCUAUAGAUGAAGCCACUGCAGAGCCCGAACCUGAAGCUGUUGAGGCCAAGGCAGUAACAGAGGAAGCUGAGCCAAAGGCAACUGAGCCAAAGGCAGCAGAGGCUUCAGCUGCUUUGCUGGAAGAGGCAGCCAACAACGCAGAACCCAUCCCUGAGAUUGUCAUCUCAGAAUCGGCUACCCCUGCUGCUGCAGAUGAGGCUAGUGCUGAGCUAGAGGAAGCUGUGCUGGAAAACAGGGAAGCGAUUUCCACAAAGGAGGCUGCUGCUGAUUCUGUAGUCACUGAGGUCAAUGGGGAGUGUCAGGAGCAGGCGGUCAAGCCAGCUGCCAAGUCCUCCCCAGAGCCGCAGCAAGAGGAACGUGUCAACGGCAUUGACAAGCCGGAGAAGGCUGUCAAGGUGCAAAAUGACUGUGAACUAAAAAAGGACUUGAACCUGACUGACGACAUUCAGAUUCCUGAGGCCAUCAGUGAGGAAAUUAGUCAGGCGGUUAACUUGGUCUGAAGCUAAUAUAAAUGUGAAGUCCCUGAUGAUACGAAAAAACCUCCAACAACACAGGCGUCUGAAGAUAAACAUCUACAUGUCUGUUGUGGUUACUCAGGCAAAGGAAUUUCUGUUUAACCAAAAAGAAAUACAACCACUCAAGGUCAGAGAGAGACAGGGAGAAAGUGAGACAGGAAGAGGUGUAAGACGAAUGCGGUGUUGAGAGUUUUUGCCCCACAUGUCAUUGUGGAGGUGCAGCUGUGCUUGCAGAUUUUGCGAUGAGAUAGAAGCCAGCGAAAUGUAUUGGACGAGUAAAGACAAACCGAGAAAACUGGACUGACAAGAAAAAAACUGGACAUUAACAUUGGAAGUUAUGAAUGGAAUGAAUAGUUUUGCCUUUGUGUUUGAGCCUGAUGGAUAUUAAAAACGUGUUUAUUGGAAUAGCAUUCUAUAGUAUGUAAUUUAGACUUUCACAUAUCUUUUCCUUAGCUAUAUGAAAAAAUCAUCAAUAAAAAGUGUUCGCCUUUUAUAAUGGUGCAAACAGUGGGGGAAUGUUCAGUAAUGGCUUGAAAAAUAGAAUAAAAAAAGACUGUUAUAA